CUUUGUUACGCUCACGAAUACACAUGUUAUUGUCAUGUCAGAAAUAAGUUUUAAAACGUUAACUUGGGAUGUUACAUAUCUAUAAUACUGGUUCUUUUAUAUGCAGUGAAAUCAUGACACCUUCACUUACACUUUUUGUGGUCUGCCUUUUGAUGCCAUCCUAUGGAAAUUCUCUACAAGACGUUAAACCAGACAUUACUAUAGUAGGGUCUCCAAACAUCGUUGCCAUUGUAGAUUUUCACUUAGAUACGGACAGCGAUGGGAACUGCAUAAAUCUAUCAAGAACCGGUAUCGACUCACUGAUGGCUUUGAAAUGGGCUAACGAAAUCCUGGACAAAAAUACACCAAGACAAACCGGACUUCUACUUUACGACUCAUGUGGAUCUUUGACAAGGGCCCUGAAGAUUGUCGGACAAUUAAUUAAUACCCAAGGCUGUAGUAAUUGUACAGAAAUUGUCGGUUUAAUAACAUUUACAAAAAGAGAUAUUCAGACAAAAGUUUUAGAUGUUAUACGACCGUUUGGGAUCGUCCAUGUUGGUAUAUCACAAGGAAGCCACACCACCUUUAGUUCUGACCUGUCUUUAACUGUUGCAGCCGUUUCCAUCUGGAAAUCUAAGGCUGUAGUCAAGAUAUUGGAGGAAUUUCAUUGGAAACAUAUCGACGCCUUUGCUAUCAACAGCCCUCUGGCUACAACAGAACUUGAGUUAUUCUUACAAGUUGCGUUUUCAAAUGAUGUCUGUGUCCGCAGGUUACAACAUACAGACAAUAGCUCGACCUUAGUGAACUUGUCGUCUGAUGUAGUAGUUAUUUUUGUAUCGGGUCAUGAUAACAUCGAUGAAUUACUUUCAAGGUUGACGUCAGACAGUAGUAAAACAUUUCUCAUCGUGGGUGAUUCUAAUAUUGAACUUGUAACUUCCGAAUUAGGUAAUAAUACUUUCUUGCUGAAGGAACAAUCACCCGUUGUUCAAAAUAUGCAACAGUACUUCGCAAAUGAGUUCAGUAUUAGCAAUAACAGUGAACCAAUAUUUGCAGAGUUUUUGAAAUCUCUGCCUUAUUGUGAAUAUGAUAUAGUAUUCAACCAUACAGUCUGUAAUAAAAGCAUGAUAACAUAUUGGACCUCUAGAUUACACGAUCGAACAUUUCAUAACGCCCUGACUGCGUACUAUAACAUCUUUAGGCUUAUAUCACGGAAGGAAACAUUCAGCUGUAGUGGAUAUGACUUUACAAAAUGUCUAAAAGCGGUUAAUUUCGUUACCCUUAGUUCCCAUCAGACUCCAGCUGGAAAUCCAUUUCGAACAAAUGAAUUGACUGAUAGGAAUUUCUUGGAACAGGUUCCAGUAAUUGUAACUCAAGGACCAUCGAUGUCAUCUGAGGUUUUCAGAAUAGUCAACGAUUCUAUCAUAUAUACAACUGGAAACUUCAGUACAACAAACAAUAUCCAGUCUUCUUUAUGUAAUGAAUCCUGUUACAAAUGUGGCGAAUGUUACAGGCCAGAGGAGGAAAUUAAACCAUCCGUUAUUGUAAAAAAUGGUGACAUUAUUUUUACAGCUGGGUUUCCUGUAUAUAAAGACUCCAAAUAUGGAUCUUCUUGUACGGAACUAUCGAGAGAAGGCAUUUUAAUGGCACAGUCGUUCAUGUAUGCUAUUGAUACUGUAAAAGAUAAAUAUCCCUCGAAAAAUUUGUUUCCAAAAGUUUCUAUUGGCGCUUUGGUAUAUGAUACAUGUGGCGGAAAAACUCUAAACGCAGCACAAAUUGUUAGUAAUUCAAAGUGCCCUUUAACUUUUUUCAGCGGACAAGAUAACACUACUAUUUCCGGAAGCUUGUUGUCCGACAUUAGAUAUUCCACCUCUAUCCAUUUACCAAGACCAGGACCUUUAACAAGUGAUUUAGCAUCGUUUAAAAUUUCUAACGCUGGUUUAUCACUAUCGCUGGAAAACUAUGACAUAUAUUUAAAAGAUCUAUCUUCAUUAUUGAAAUCACUUAACUGGACGUAUGUAUCAAUUGUAUACUCAGACGAUUUGAGUAAAAUGGACUCUGUGAAUAAACAUAUAUCUGAUAUGCGAAGUGGUGGAAUAUGUAUAUCUGAUGAAAUCGUUUUUCAAAACACAAUUAACACAAUCGAUGAAGUAGCAUCAAAGGUCGUCAAUUCUACUCUUAAAAGUGGUGCAAUUGUUCUUUUAACGACGCUAGAAGAUACUAUUAAGUUGAUGGAGUACCUUCGGGCGAAGAAUUUUACUUUUGAAAAUGUCAAUUUCAUAUUAUUUGCAUGGAAUAUUAUCACUGAUCUACCAAAAGGUUCAGUUGUCAUUCGGCCACGGAAAUUAUCGGACCCAUCCCUAAAACAGGAAUUGAAAUCACUUUCGGUUAUUGAUAAUGGUUAUUACAGAGGACGGGUAACAGAUAGCGUUAACCAUUGGUGGGCAAAAUAUCACGAGAGUCGCCAUAAAUGCCACAUGUCAAUAAAAGACAAUACUAUAUACCCGAACUAUUGCACUAAUCAACCGACCUUUUCCGAAGAGGAUAUUAAUAUGACAGUUCCAGGUCUAAUUGUUGAAUAUGUCGACAUUAUGGUCGCCAUUGUAGAUGGACUAUAUAAAACAAAAUGCCCAUCUCAGUCCGGACCAUGUGAAGCAUUUAUGUCAUCUGAUGAUUUGGUGGAUUAUAUCAAAGCAACAGUUCCCGGAUUCACAUUUACAGACGGUUCCAAAAAGAUUAGCUUUUCAGCCGAUGGUUCUUUGAGGACGCCAUUAGAAGUAUUCAACAUUCAACUUUCAUCUGAAAUCAUGAUUGCAACAUUAUCAGAAGAACAUGCAGUUACCCUGUCGACAAACCAGAUAUUUGCUUAUGACUCAAAUAACUCUCCUGUAGUUAUUCAGCACCAGUGCUCUGGAUGGUGCCCAACUUGUCACCAGUGUCAAACAAAUACUGCACAGAACAUUGACUACUUUUAUAAGUCUGGUGACAUUAAUAUUUUUGGAUUGUUUCCAAUACACACCAUGGGUGCUAAGAUAGGAGUAUGUGAUAAAUUGGCACUCAAUGACGGAACAGAAUAUCUUACAGAGGCUUUCCUCUAUGCUAUAAAUACUGCGAAGUCGAGAUAUCCAUACCUGUUAAAAGGAAUUACUAUUGGUUCUUUAAUUGUCGAUACGUGUUCAAGUGAAGACACAGUACAGCAAAGUGUAGCAAAUUUCGAAAGUUGCUUUGCUUCGUUUUCAUCACCGAGCGGGAAAAUGGUGUCACCCACGUCUGUUCCUAGUUACCUAUUUUAUUCAAAUAUCAGUACGACAGAAGACAUAAGCGCAUCAAUUAAACGACAUGAUAAAUUUGUCAUGUCACAUUCUACUGAUUUCAAAAAUAAAGAAACAGUCAUGGGAACAUUAGAGUAUUUAUACGCGACGUAUGAAGCUACUACAAUUGUUAACUUUUUAUCAAAAAUGAAAUGGACUUAUGUUUCUGUUGUGGGAUCUUCGGAACCUCUCUAUACAUGGAAGGUGCAACAGUUUGAAGAACUGGCGGCACAAAAUAACAUUUGUAUAAAUACAGUUCAUUCUGUAUCAGAUUCCGGUACAGCUCAAGCUGCUGUUGAUGUUAUUAGUACUGGUCCUACCAAUAUGAACGUUGUAAUACUUUUCCUCUCCGUUGAAGAUAUAAAAAUGUUUUUCGGUUCUAAAAUUCUCAGUAAGGUCCAUAUUAUUGGGGACACAAAUAUUGCAUGGAAUGGCUUCAAUACAAAUAUCCAGAUUCCUCUUGGAACAAUAGUAAUAGAUCGGUCAAACAAGGUUAAUUCAGAUCUGAAAGCUUAUUUAGAUACCCUAAAUUCUCAAACUAUGAGUCAAUAUGGAAAUCCUUGGCUGAAAAAAUUUCAGAUAGGGCGUGAAAAUUGCAAGCUUAGCCAAUCUCAGUCUUGCAGCUUACCCAAUGAUAUUAUAUUGCAGUCAUCAAAGGUUGUAUUGGAAACUGAUAUAAUCCUCCAUGGUUUACACAGUAGAAUUAUUAGACUUUGUGGUAUACAGACAACAAUGUGUGAACAGCUAGAAAGGGAAGGAUUGUCUCUGCAAUGGGAGGAUUUUAGAUAUAUCAGCUUCCCUUAUCAACUGGAUCAGAUAGUACUCUAUUCAACAGAUGCGUACAACGGUGCUUAUCAGAUCCAAAAUUUCCAAGAAAAUAAAAUGGUCAAGGUUGGAGAAUGGGCAAAUAAUAAUUUAACUCUAUCCAAAGAAAUGAUCCGUGCAUACAGUAAUGGUGGUUUGGUACUGAAAGACUUACCGUUGUCUCGAUGUAUCGGCACUUGUUUAUGCACGAAUAUUAACAACACAGAUGAAGCAACAGAAAAGCCGGAGCCUUAUCAAGACCCGGAUAUGAUCUUCUAUUCGUCGUCUGCCAAAUUCAACAAGAAAUUAUGGACAAUAAUUGUACUUGCAAUUGCUUGUGGUGGAGUCGGGGCGUCCAUGUUAUUCAUCGUAUACGUAAUUUACAAAACAUGUAUCGGGUGUCUGAAUAAACGGUACAUAGGACUCGGAAUUCUUCUACUGUUAUCAAUAACAGCACUGUAUUUGUCCGUUCUUCCAUUUCUGUUUACACCAAGUGAAAUGGGCUGCACUGCAAGAUAUCUUCUACCAGGAAUAAGUUAUGCAUUAGUUUAUGCGACAUGUUUGGCCAAACUAAUGUCGUUGAGAUCGUACAAAUUAAUUGGAUUAGGAGGUGAAAUUUCAAAUUUGAAUCAGUUUUUGACGGUUACAUUUGUAAGUGGUGUGCAAAUAGCAAUAUCGGUACAAUAUGUUGCUCUUAAAGGACCGUUCAUGGAAACAAGAUUAAUGGACGAUGAACAAAUGUAUGCAUGUAAAUUUGACAAAGAAGUGUUUGUAAUGUAUUUAAUAUAUGACAUGUUAUUAAUAGUAAUCUGUUCUUUGUACGCUUUGACUGUUAGAAAAGAGAAGAAAAAUAUGGGCGAGGCUAUCUUUAUUCUUAUUAGCAGCUGGAUAAACAUUGUUUUAUGGACAGCUUGGGUAGCUGUAACAUUUAUAAUAUCACAUGACUAUGUGGAACUAACAAUUUGUACUGGAAUGCUGGCGUGCGCAACAGUGGUCGUUUUGACAGUAUUUGUACCGAAACUACACAAAAUUUCAAAGUUAAAAUAUGAUGUGAAGAAAAAUGGAGUUCAAAAUGGUGGCUAUAAAAUCGACACUGAAUUCAUGUUUGAAAGACCUCAUACAUUGCCAGGUGGAUUUAGAAGUUCUUACAAUAUGUCGCCACAAAAAACAAAUCCGAAAAGUAUAUCUACGUUUGACUCGAGUAUGAGUUAUUGAAAUAAUCAUUACGCCAAAGAAGUUGUGUAUUUCACUUUUUAUUCAAGAAUUCUUUAAUUUAAUCAUAUCUUUAAUGAAAAAUUAAACUAUACCGAAAGAGAUUUGAGAAAUUUUACGCAAACCCUAUGUGAUAUAACAGAACUAUUAACUAUU